AUGAUUCGCACGCUCAUAUGCCGGCGAAAUAUUUACAAUAGCAAAGUUCAUAAAAUCUCAUAUUAUGAAACCACAUUUGGGGUACGGCGGGCUGUAUCACUUUAUCAAUCUACAACAAGUGGAAAUGAAUCUAAAGGCGACGAGGAAAAACUUCUGAAACGAUUGGUUACAUAUGUGGAAAAGGCUACAUAUAUGGAGGAAGUAAGAAUUUCACAAGCUCAUGUGAUGAGUAUAAAGGGGCAAUUGCUUGCUGCUGGUGAGGAGAAACGUUCGCUAAUGCGCAAGCUGGAAGAUAUUAGAAACGAACUGAACCAUAUUUAUAAAGAUAUGAAAAUUAAUAGGACAAAGGAGACGUAUUUGGAAUUAGCGCGACAGGAAAUUGAGCUUUGUGAAUCGGAAAAACAUUAUUCUGAUUUGUAUAAACUGGCGGAUAAGAAGGAGCAGCUGUUGUUUACUGAAUUCUCAGCCGCUAUUAAUGCUUCGUAUGAGAAAGAGAAACUUCACACAAACUUCAUUAAAAUUAUGAGUAUAGUUGGUACCGUGGCGAGUUCAUUCAUAGCACUGAUAUUUUCCAUCUUCAUGCACACAUACCACCAGAAAAUGUUUUUUAGUCAACGUACCUUGGAUGAAAAUGCUGUAAAUACCGUGAAGGCAUUGGAAGAGAAGGUGUCCGAUUUACUUAUUGAAUGGAAUCACCAAAAAACACUCAUGGAAAGCAGUAGAAAAGAAGAGCAAGAAUCAUGGAGCAGUUACCUGUAUAGGCAUACACGAUGGAUGUAUAGCUGGGCUAUGAAGUCAUCCUGA